CUCUCCUCAUCCCCUCCGCUCUCUCUGGGAAGCACAUUGUUCAACGCGGGCACAUUAUAAGACCCAGGACCAAUGAAUGCCUUGGUGCAGUUUAGCUACUUAAAAUUACACAGUUUCUUACAGUGAAUAGGACGCAAAUACCUGAAGAAACGGGGAAAGAGACUCGGAAUAUUUUGUGGCUUUUUUCCGAUUUCAGCGGAGAAGCAAAACAAUUGAAAGAUUUUCUUCUUCCUCUCCGGUAGAAACGCCGCUCCUGUCGCCAAUAGACCUCUGCUUGUUCAGCGGCGGUUGUGUGUGAGUGUGUGGUUGAGCUGCAGCUGCGAACAUGACGGAGUAUAAGCUGGUGGUGGUGGGAGCUGGAGGCGUGGGCAAGAGUGCACUUACCAUACAGCUGAUCCAGAACCACUUUGUGGAUGAAUAUGACCCCACAAUAGAGGACUCAUACAGGAAGCAGGUUGUGAUCGACGGGGAGACCUGCCUGUUGGACAUCCUGGACACUGCAGGUCAAGAGGAGUACAGCGCCAUGAGGGAUCAGUACAUGAGGACGGGAGAGGGCUUCCUUUGCGUCUUCGCCAUCAACAAUACCAAGUCUUUUGAGGACAUUCACCAGUAUAGAGAACAGAUUAAACGUGUUAAGGAUUCCGAUGAUGUUCCCAUGGUCCUUGUGGGAAACAAAUGUGACCUCCCUGCGCGCACGGUGGACACGAGGCAAGCCCAUGAGCUCGCUCGCUCCUAUGGCAUCCCCUACAUUGAGACCUCUGCCAAAACACGGCAGGGAGUAGAGGACGCCUUCUACACACUGGUUAGAGAGAUCAGGCAGCAUAAGUUGAGGAAGUUGAACCCACCCGAUGAGAGUGGUCAAGACUGUAUGAGCUGUCGCUGUGUGGUGUCGUGAUGCAGCUCACUGCUACAUGUUGAGAAACGCUACGGCACAAAGUGGCAGCAUGGACUUAAGGACUGGAAGAUGAAACAACCCAACGAUGAAAACAAAAACUUUUCCAACAAAAGGAUGAUUGAAACAAAAGCCCUGACAGAAACCAUCAGGGCUGACUGAACUAUAGACUUGUAUGGAAAGGGGAAUAUUGGACUGUUGCCUAAGUGGCUAGCGGAACUCGCCUGGUCCAGCCCCAUCUUUUUUGUUGGUCCACAUCGACCUGUGAGCAACACCACUAAUGACUCUUUGUCAGCUGCAAUGUGGCGUCGCUGGGUAGCUCCACAACUUUCCUGCUAACUUAUUGUUUUCAGUCUCAACACUGGUAAUUGGGGGGGCGGGUAUCUCACCUCCGCCCUCCUUAAAAGCCUGAUUCCACUCCCCAUCCCCCACCUAGCUGCUGGAAGGAAUGAGUGACUUCAGUGGAAAGAACUGGAAUUGACUUUUAGUUAACCCAACACCUCUCAUGCUAACCCAUCCCAUUCCCGCUUCACCCUACCUGCCUUUGGUUUCUUUUGAAUGGCAAUGAAAUCCCUGCGCUCUAACUGGAUACAGGGGGUGGAUGCUGACAUGGGAAAGACGGAAUUUUUGUGGUG